AUGGCAACUCCUGUAGCAACCCCAACCCGGCUAUCGCCAUACGUUCAGCAAAUGCAACAGUGCUCACCAUAUACUGAUAUCUACACGAAUGCCCCUAUCACUCCGCUUCGCUCACGGAAAAAUACGCAGCACUUACUACACAUGGUGCCUCAUGCUCACCCCGAACCGAAACGAUGGGAGAGUCCCGGCGGCUGGGGCGCGCGUCACAUAAACGACAUAGCACCCUUUACACUAUGGGAUGAGCAGAGCCGCCGGUUCCUCAGUCCAACACGGGAACAAUCGGCGUGGAUUAAAAGAAAGUUUGGAACAGGAAGUUUUUCCAUGUGGGGGUGGUUCAUCUGCAUUGAAACAGCCCGCCCACCACAGCCAAUUCCCCUAACUCUUGGAACUAUGCCCGUUAUAUACGUACGCCCCGGUGAAAUGUUUGAGGACACUAUCCCGGAAUCUGGCUACUCAAACCCUCGCGUUCCAGAUCCCUGCCCUGCUCUCCGGUGGCCCAAAAUGACCCAUCCGACCAAGAAUCAGAGAGUCGCCAUCCUUACAGCUGUCGCGCCACUUGCGAAUAUACGAACUGUUUAUUUUAUGCCGAUCUGGACGAUUUUCGAGCUUCAGACUGGAGAUAGCUGCAUCUAUCAGCGGAACUCACUUCCCGGAGUUGUUGCAGGUCGCACUGCACUAUACCAUCAUGCAGAUAUACCGUUUCAUCAUAGCCUAAGAAGCCUUACUCGAGACCGUCAAAUUGAUCCAUCCCAGGCUCCAUUACAGGACGAUUCAAAUUACCUUCGGCGGUCAGUACUUACACCCGGAUGUCGAGUUGAGAGCGGCUUCGGCCCACCAGGUUCUCGAAAUCAAUUAGUGAACGCCGCGACAGCAGCUGGGAUCAAAAUUCGUAAUAUUCGAUCAGGAGAAGAAGCAUUAACAGUUGCGCACCAUGGAUUCCUCUCUUCUAAGGAAGUUUACCACCCGCGCGUGAGUGGGGAUCUCGUCGGCGAGGUCGUCGAUAUUCGACCCGAGCUUGAUAUUUCUCUUGUUAGACUGAUACCCGUUGCUUCCUAUAGCUUCAAAAACUCAUGUUACUUCCAGGCCCAAGCACCCACUCAUAUAUUAGAAGGCCGUCAAAUUAUACAGGGGUCUUGGAGCGAAGUUGACGGUAUGAGCUCAGGUCUGUUUAGCUUGAUGUCAUGCGGCGUUAAAGACAUGGCACCGAUUCGGCCAAUUGGCCAUCCUGAUAUCCCAUUCGAAAAGUGGACCACGAGAUCGAUGGAUUUUAUAUUUGGAAAUGUGAAUAACGCCAUCUCUGAUGGUGUGUGUGGCGCCCCAAUUGUGGACAUCGAUACGGGAGGAGUUGCCGGCUUUUUUCACCUUACCAAUGGGACAUAUUCUUUCAGUGCUCGUCUUGAUGAUUUGGUAGCUGAGGGAUGGCGACUGGUUUGA